CAACUGAAUCUGUUUUAAGAGCAGGCCAGCAUGAACAAUGUGAUAGUUGACAAGUUCAGACUGUCACUGGAUCAUCAAGAUGAAAAUCAUUUGUGUUGUUUUUCUGCUUUUAUUAGAGCUAUCAAACUUUGCACAGUCAGAAAUAUACACAACUGGUGGAAAUGCAAAUGGGCGCCCAUGCCACUUUCCUUUCCUAUAUAAAAAUAUAUGGUAUGCAGAUUGUACCAAAGUUGAUUCCGAUAUUCUAUGGUGUGCUGUUGAGCCCGACUACAGUUCUAAGGGGCUGUGGGGCUACUGCAAAACAUAUGACAGAAUAUACACAAUUGGUGGAAAUGCACAUGGGCGCCCAUGCCACUUUCCUUUCCUAUAUAAAGAAAAAUGGUAUGCAGAUUGUACCAACAUUGAUUCCAAUAGUCUAUGGUGUGCUGUUGAGCCCGACUUCAGUUCUAAGGGGCUGUGGGGCCACUGCCCAACAGAUGACAGUAACAAAAUAUACACAAUUGGUGGAAAUGCAAAUGGGCGCCCAUGCCACUUUCCUUUCCUAUAUAAAAAUAUAAGGUAUGCAGAUUGUACCAAAGUUGAUUCCGAUAUUCUAUGGUGUGCUGUUGAGCCCGACUACAGUUCUAAGGGGCUGUGGGGCUACUGCCCAACAUAUGACAAAAUAUACACAAUUGGUGGAAAUGCAAAUGGGGGCCCAUGCCACUUUCCUUUCCGAUAUAAAGAAAAAUGGUAUGCAGGUUGUACCAACAUUGAUUCCGAUAGUCUAUGGUGUGCUGUUGAGCCCGACUACAGUUCUAACGGGCUGUGGGGCUACUGCAAAACACAGUAACAAACAGCAUUUGUGAGACGACAUCAACUCAACAUCCGAGGGGACAAGAACACCCAACAGAGGAAGCCAAGCCGCAAAAACAACGAAAAAUUGUCAUGACUUUUUAUUUGAAAUAAAAGUUGUGUGUUAAUAAAAAUGAAGUGUUGGCUUAAUUAUAGU